GAACUAAAGGCACACUGGGAACGAAAUUAACGGGAAUUCUGUUCGCAAGGGGAGGGGGUCCGCGAUCUAAAACGAGAAGAGAUCUCGGGGUCUCAUACUGCGCCAUUCGGCUGCGGCACGCCGCGGCACGUCGUAGCUGCUGCCGGGAGAGGCCGUACUGUCGCCGCUCUCGCCCAGGCCUCCACUGCCGCUGCCACAUCAGUGCCGGCUUCUGCAGCCCCAGUCCCGCCCUGCGCUGCUGCUGCCACCGCCGCUGCCACCUCCGGAAGUUCGGGCUUCCGCCGCUGCUACCCAAGCAUCCGUGAGUCAUUUUCUGCCCAUCUCCGGGCGCGCGGUCCCUGUGGUAGUCACCACCUUAAGAGGGUUUCAGGCUUGCAAGAUGGCAGAAGCAGAUGUUAAAAUGGUCUCGGAACCUGUCGCUCAGGGAGUUGCUGAAGAGGAGAUGGUUAGCUCGGCUAGUGAUUCUGGGGAAGAAUCUGACAGCAGUAGCUCUAGCAGUAGCAGCAGCAGCAGCAGCGGUAGCAGCAGCAGCCGCAGCCGCAGCCGCUUAUAUAGGAAGAAGAGGGUACCUGAGCCUUCCAGAAGGACGCGGCGGGCUCCGUCGGGUACAAAUUUCGUGGAUAGGCUGCCUCACGCAGUUAGAAAUCGUGUGCAGGCGCUCAGAAAUAUUCAAGAUGAAUGUGACAAGGUAGACACCCUGUUCUUAAAGGCAAUUCAUGAUCUUGAAAGGAAAUAUGCAGAACUCAAUAAGCCUCUAUAUGAUAGGCGAUUUCAAAUAAUCAAUGCAGAAUAUGAGCCUACAGGAGAAGAAUGUGAAUGGAAUUCAGAGGAUGAGGAGUUCAGCAGUGAUGAGGAGAUCCAGGAUGAUACCCCUAGUGAAAUGCCUCCCUUAGAGGGUGAGGAAGAAGACCCUAAAGAAAAACCUGAGGUAAAAGCUGAAGAAAAGGAAGUUCCUAAAGAAAGUCCCGAGGUAAAGGCUGAAGAAAAGAAAGUUCCUGAAGAAAUUCCUGGGGUAAAAGCUGAAGGAAAGGCAGAUUCUAAAAGUUGUAUGGAGGAAACACCAGAAUUAAAAGAAGAUCCUAAAGAAGUCCCCCAGGCAAAGGCAGAAAAUAAAAAGCAGCCUAAAGCAACAGAGGCUAAGGCAAGGGCUGCAAUAAGAGAGGCUCAUAAAAGAGUUCCUGAGGAAAGGCUUACCGAAAGAGUGAAUCUUAAAAGAGCUAGGAAGGGAAAGCCUAAAAGAGAAGAUCCUAAAGGCAUUCCUGACUAUUGGCUGACUGUUUUAAAGAAUGUUGACAAGCUUGGGCCUAUGAUUCAGAAGUAUGAUGAGCCCAUUCUGAAGUUCUUGUCCGAUGUUAGCCUGAAGUUCUCAAAACCUGGCCAGCCUAUAAGUUACACCUUUGAAUUUCUUUUUCUACCCAAUCCAUACUUCAGAAAUGAGGUGCUGCUGAAGACUUAUAUAAUAAAGUCAAAACCAGAUCACAGUGAUCCCUUCUUCUCUUGGGGAUGGGAAAUUGAAGACUGCAAAGGUUGCAAGAUAGACUGGAGAAGAGGAAAGGAUGUUACUGUGACAACCACCCAGAGUCGCACAACUGCUACUGGAGAAAUUGAAAUCCAGCCAAGAGUGGUUUCUAAUGCAUCAUUCUUCAAUUUCUUUAGUCCGCCUGAAAUUCCUGUGAUUGGAAAGCUGGAACCACGAGAAGAUGCUAUCCUUGAUGAGGACUUUGAAAUUGGUCAAAUUUUACACGAUAAUGUCAUCCUGAAAUCAAUCUAUUACUAUACAGGAGAAGUCAAUGGUACCUAUUAUAAAGAUGGAAAAGAUUAUGGAAACAGAAAAUACUGAAAGUAAAAAAAAGAGGCUGUCUGAAAGAUUUUUCAAGAAUCUUAAAAAUUCAAAAGGUGAAGCAGGUUCAUUAUAGCCUUGGGGGGUGGGGGAUGGGGUGGGAAGGGACCUGCCCUAUAACCCAAACACUGCUAUCCCUUAAAGUCUUGUGUUUUUGUAGUUUCUUGGUAAUCUAUUUUAAAAAUUGUCCUAGAAGUGUCUUAAAUAUCAGUUUAUUCUGUCUAGCCUGUUUUAGUGUAAUAUUCUUCAAAAUAUGUAAGCUGUUGUCAGUUAUCUAAAGCAUGUUAGUUUGGUGCUGCAGAGUGUUGAUUUUUAUGAUGUCUUUGUGUCAUAUUCCUAUUCUAUUGUAGCUGUGAAAACUGUCAAAAUGAUUAACUGGUACAAAUACUUGCUUGAAAAAAAAAGUUCAUGAAAUACCAAUGCAAGUUUUGUUUUUGUUUUUUCCAGCUCAGAGUAUUAAGUGUUUCAAUCUGCUUGUACUAGCUGUGCCUUCAUUACUUUGCUAGAGAAAUACAGCACUUACAUUAACUAUAACAAUGUAUUGUGAAAUUUGACUGCUUGAAAAUAGAUUAGCAUUUAAGAAUGUCUGUCUAGACCACAUUUGAUAUAACUGUGAGCUUGUUUAUGUGAUAUAGUGGUCUAUAAACUUAAUCAUAAUGAAGUUAUUGUUUAUCAAUAAAGUGUUAAUAUUACUUAGUAUUUUUUAAAAACUUUCCUCAUCUUACAUUGUGUAAUUGUAAACUAAAGAUACAUUUUCUUUGUAAUAUGUUCUACUUUGCCUUUCACUGAAAAUGACCACUUUACAUCAUUUGAUAAUUGUUUUUCAUGUUCUUUUAUUGCAACUUAAAAUGAAUAAAUGUCAAAUAAAGUGUGUCAUGCUAUAAAAA